AUGUUGCAACUCGACCCUGACUUCAUCCGUAUGGACGCCGAAGCUGAAAGAGCCAAGGGUUUUGUGAGAUGCAAGUUCAACGAACAGAUCGACUCGAUACCAAUAUACAAUGCCUCCCCUUCAGAACGCCAAAGAGCAGUAGAAGCCGCAACUGCUGCGCGAAAAUCAUGUCGCGAACUAGCUAGCGAGUUCCACGCCGUCCUACCAAGAGAGCUUCGAAACAUGAUAUACGCCUACAUCGUCGGCCCGACAGCUCAGCCUCAAACUACACCGGAAUAUAGCGGAAUGUGGUGGCGUGUCGAGUGCGGCAAGAGCAUACGCAUUGGCUGGUUAGACUCGCAAUGGGGCGAGGGUAUUGAAGCACUCGACAUCUGCGGUGAAAGUCUACACAUGCAACCCAAAUGCUGGGCUAUGGAUCCAGCAUACUUUGGAGCGCACGCAGCCCAAGAGCUUACAGAAACUUACUACAGUAUCAACAGUUUCUACAUCACGUCUGCCCAGGAGAUGAGCAACCUGUUCCGCGCCGAUCCCUUCAAGCUCGGAAUGAAGCCGUAUCAGUUUAUCCGCAAGUUCACGCUGGUGCUCAACUUCUCCGGAACUGGAAUGCAAAGCGAGGACGAAGUGGCGGCUCUUCACAAUAACCUCCAGGACCUCCAGCUACUACCUCCGAAACGUAAACACGAAAUUUGCAUUCGCCUCGAGACAGCUUUCCAAAUUGGAGAAAUCAAACUUGGUGGGUAUCGAUAUCGUCAUCCCUACGACAUGGAAGAUGAGCGGGUUAUGCUCAAUAUCCUCGAGUCGAUCAGACGGCCCGUGUAUGAUCUCUUACACAGGAGGAAGUCGGUCAGGGUGUUCCAGGCAAAUUUAGAGGACUGGUGUACACCACGCCAAAAGACAAUUGAGGAUGAGAAAGAAGAGGAUGCAGAUGGGGACCCAGCCCGGCAUUACGUUCUCCGUCCGCCUAAUCUUGCAAGCGACAAGGAUAAGCACAACACGAACGAAGACAGCGAGGAAGACGAGGAGGCAACAGAUGAAGAAAGCGACGAAGACGAGGAGGCAACAGAUGAAGAAGAAGGACCAGAAAACGAGAGCGACGACGCGGAUUUCUUGUUCAAUCGGGACCAGACUCUAGACACGGAAACCAAGCUCAAGGUGCGCGAAGCGCUGAAAACCCGAUGGCAGGAAUCAGGCGCUCUUGAUCACUUUUGGCACAGCGGCGACCGUGAAGGGCCUUUCGGACUCCAGAAACAGAAAUCACGAUACUCAUCGCGGGAUCUGCAGUAUGAAGACUUCGUGUAG